GGUCGCGGAACCCAGGCUGCGCCCGCAGGGCAGGACUCUGGCGCGCCUCCUGGGUGCCCUGGCGCGGCGUCGCCUCGGAAGACUGCUCUCGGAGCUCCAAGAGCUCCCGGGGGCUGGGAGAGAGACGACCCCAAGGCAAGGGCUUUAGGGGAGCUGCUGCGGAGCCUGGGGCUUGGAGGAGCGGGGCAUGUAUUUUAAGCUGCGCCUCAGAGGGGAGAAUUUUCUGUCAUCACCAGAGAGGCCACAGACCCGGAAUGUGACGACAAUUGACGAGCUCGGUAGAGGCCUGAGAGUCUCUGGCUUGACAGCUUAGAAUAUGCUAAAACACCAGGGCUUCCCAGGAGGCAUUGAAGGGUCAACUUGUCCCCGCGACAGUGACCUGGAGCAAGGAAGUCAGAAGACAGUCGUAGAGAGCAAAAGGGACCUUCCAAGGGGCUGACUUGGACUGCCAAGGGCAGGCUCCUGCCACUCGGUUGUUGCAGCCGUCUGGUGGCAUGCUGGUGAGGUCCUCCACCCAGGGCAGCAAGUGGGUCUGGGCAUGGGGCUGCGUGGCCCGUGAGGACUCCUGCAGGUCUGAUCGGUCCCUAAUCCCUGCCUAGGAACUUGAGGGCUGUCCGAGCCCCCUCUGUGCUCGCCCUCAGGAAGAUGAGGACUCUCAACACCUCUGCCAUGGAAGGCACCGGGCUGGUAGCGGAGAGGGACUUCUCCUUCCGCAUUCUCACAGCCUGUUUCCUGUCACUGCUCAUCCUGUCCACCCUCCUGGGGAACACGCUGGUCUGUGCCGCCGUGAUCAGAUUCCGCCACCUGCGAUCCAAGGUGACCAACUUCUUCGUCAUCUCCUUGGCUGUAUCGGAUCUCUUGGUGGCCGUCUUGGUCAUGCCCUGGAAAGCAGUGGCCGAGAUCGCUGGCUUCUGGCCCUUCGGGUCCUUCUGUAACAUCUGGGUGGCCUUUGACAUCAUGUGCUCCACUGCAUCCAUCCUCAAUCUCUGUGUGAUCAGUGUGGACAGGUAUUGGGCCAUCUCUAGCCCCUUCCGGUAUGAGAGGAAGAUGACCCCCAAGGCAGCCUUCAUUCUGAUCAGUGUGGCAUGGACUUUGUCUGUUCUUAUCUCCUUCAUCCCCGUGCAGCUCAGCUGGCACAAGGCAAAACCCACAGGUCCCUCCGAGGGGAAUGACACUUCCCUGAGCAAGACCAUCAACAACUGUGACUCCAGCUUGAGCAGGACAUAUGCCAUUUCAUCCUCUCUAAUAAGCUUUUACAUCCCUGUGGCCAUCAUGAUUGUCACCUACACCAGGAUCUACAGGAUUGCCCAGAAACAAAUACGGCGCAUCUCAGCCUUGGAGAGGGCAGCAGUCCAUGCCAAGAACUGCCAGACCACUACAGGUAACGGAAACCCCAUGGAAUGUUCUCAACCAGAAAGCUCCUUUAAGAUGUCCUUCAAAAGAGAGACUAAAGUUCUGAAGACCCUGUCGGUGAUCAUGGGGGUGUUUGUGUGCUGCUGGCUCCCUUUCUUCAUCUUGAACUGCAUGGUGCCCUUCUGUGGGUCUGGAGAGACCAAGCCCUUCUGCAUCGAUUCCAUCACCUUCGACGUGUUUGUGUGGUUCGGGUGGGCUAAUUCCUCCUUGAACCCCAUCAUUUAUGCCUUUAAUGCUGAUUUUCGGAAGGCAUUUUCCACCCUCUUAGGAUGCUACAGGCUUUGCCCGACGACGAAUAAUGCCAUAGAGACGGUUAGCAUCAAUAACAACGGGGCUGUGGUGUUUUCCAGCCAUCACGAGCCUCGGGGUUCCAUCUCCAAAGACUGCAAUGUGGUGUAUCUGAUCCCACAUGCUGUGGGCUCCUCUGAGGACCUGAAGAAGGAAGAGGCAGGGGGGAUAGUCAAGCCCUUGGAGAAGCUGUCCCCAGCCCUGUCUGUCAUUUUGGACUAUGACACUGAUGUCUCUCUGGAGAAGAUCCAGCCCAUCACACAAAAUGGGCAGCACCCGACCUGAGCUCUGACGUGAAUCCUAGCAGCCUUGCUCGUCCCAAAAGCUACAGGAGUUUUCUCUGAGGCUUGCGGUGAGGAAACUGAGGUGUGCUGACUCUUGAGAUGUCGGGCGAGCUCUUCUCUGCUGCUUCGCCUCAACACACAACUAACUACAUUUUAAUCUACGUUCCGGUGUGUUUUCUGUGUUGCUCAUAGUGAAUCAAGAGGGACACAGGUGAAGCGCAUGUUCAUAAGGGACCUGUCUUUGGCUCCAAAGAUGUUUUUAGAAACUGAUUCUUAUCUUAGGACUUAUAAAUAGGGCAAAGAAUCAACAAUGAACAGCUUCACUUAAAAAUUAAAGCUUUCCAGGAAGGAAAUGAGAAGGGUUGAGUUUGCUGUGUACAAACAGGUGCUAACACUGGUCCAAGAAAAGUUUUCAGAUUGUAAAGGUAGGUGCAUGCCUUUAUGAAUUAUUCCUAAAAAAAAAAAAAAAAAAAAUUGAGCCUUACAGUAGGAAUGGGAUUUUCCCCCCCAGAAUUGAUGCUUAGUUGAUAUUGGUUUUAUUUAUUUAUUGUAUUAUAUGGAUAUUUUUAAUUUAUUAUAUUAAAUCUAUAUUUAUCAUAUUUAAUAGAAUGAGUUAUCUGAGAUCUUAAAAUAGCAUUUUUGUUCAUUUGACUAGCACUUUAUAAGCCGAUGAAACAAAUACACAGACUCUCUGUGAGCCUAAAUGCUCAUUUGUAACGUCCAGAAACACAGCAAAGACAAACAGAAAAUGAAGCUGUGACUAUUCCUUGAAAUUUAUUGACACAGCUAAAUAGGAGAUGAGAAUUGACAAAUGCUGUGAUAACUUUUUUUCUCCUAAAAAGAUUUUGAAAGAUUUAAAAAAGCAUAGCCACUCUUGUGUUCAAAAUUUUUUAUGUGACAAAGACUUUCCCAGCAGAAUGAUUUGCAGUUCUGUAAAUAUCUGAAAUAAAAGUCAGCUGAGGAAGAAUCCAACAUGAAAUUUAUAUUAGGUGGCAAUAAAAAGUAUAUGCCACUUUGUAUUUAUGUAAAAUAAUUGGCUCUCUCUGUCUUUUCUCAUUUCCUGUGUCAGAUAGCUUUUCUGAACCCAAUAAAUGACUGUCCUGGCUAGAGAUGUGCAGUGAGGACAGUGAGUUUCCUUAACUCGUGUGUCACAACAGUUUCACCCGUGGGCAAAGGUCAAAUCCUUCCUCUCCAUCUUACCAGCCAAGCUGCUCAGUGGGGCUACUUUUGGUAAUGCUUUAAUCUGAACUUAGAAUUGAUUUCUUUUAAAAAGUCUAAAUGUUAAUGGUGUAAAACUAGCAGAUAGUGCCUCAUUAUCGUCCUUGAGUGAGACGCUUCUGUUGGCGGAAAAAACAGGAGACCCUUUCUCCUCUCGUGUUCAGCACCCUAAAGCCAUCCGCAGCCCUGCUGACAAACGCUAGCCCUUUCUCUGUGCUUUGGCAUUCAGUCCCCGUGUCAUCACCUGGACUGUAAAAAGUGUUCCAAGCCUCUGCUGCCAGAUACCAACUCAUGUGGGGCAUUUCAAGAGGAUUUUUUUGGAAAUGUUUACAAAGUAUUCUUGUGGAUAAGCAAUUGACUUAACAUUUAGAUGAAGUGGGUCACAAGAAAGAUGUCUACUGAAAACUAUCUCCUGAUCAGGUCUGUGUUAUUUAUGCAUUGUGAAUGUUUUCUUAAUUUUAUUGCCUGUAUGCUUUCUUACAUAUAAUAAAAUUAUUUUGUGAA